CAAGAGAAGAGAGCGUACCUGCGUCUUCUCCCUUUCUCAACCCUUCCUCAAACUCAAAAACCCUUGCAAAACCCAGCCAUACAACUACAAGAACUCCAAAUCCCAGAAACCAUUUUUCCCAAACAAAAACGAGACAGGGACUGAAGGAGUUCAACAAUGGCCGGCUCCGAAGCUACGCCUAAAGAGAAGCGGACGAAGAAGAACAAAAAGAGAAAGCAAAGGAGCCUUGGAGAAUCUGAAAGGGCUUCCAAAACGCACCGGAUUAGGGUCUCGGAGAAAGAGAGUGAACCACAAGAAGUGGAAGUAAAACGAGCUGAAAAGCCCCAGCUCAGAGAACCCAAUCAGGAGCUCGAACAAGGUGGUCCAUGGAGGAACCUGGAGUUAGUUUUGUCCAUUCAGAACAAAGAAUUUGAUCUUCAGAAGAAGGUGGAACUAGCUUAUGGCUUUGUCAUAUUGAGAGUGAAAGAAGAAGGCAGCAAGAGUGAUCAGGAUAAUCAAGCAGUGAAUAUGUCACGUUUAAUAAUUUUUGUUAAUGAUUGGAUCCAGUCAUUAUUGAUUUCUUCAGGAAAGAAAAUUCAGAGUGGCGGAGAGAUGCAUCAAGCUGAAGUGAUUGAGACAUAUUUGGAUUUUAGAUGCUGGGAGAUUUUCAAAUUCUGUUUGGAGGAGUCUUUGAAAUUGAAUGUUUCUCUAAGUUUCUCCCGGAACCUUUUACGCUCGAUUUGUUUGAUUGCAAGAAAUGCACUGUCCUUAUUGAACAAAACAUCUUCACAUCAAACAGAUUUAUUUUCCAUUGGCGAAGGGUUACCAUUGUACAAUACCAUGCUUGAUUGCAUUUCUUUGGUAUUUUCAUCCCAUGGAGGCUUGUCGAAUGAAAAUUUAGACCUGUGGGUUUCAACUGUAGGUGCAGUGCUUGAUCUUGUACACACAUUUUACAUGGAAAAUCUUGUUAGUGGCAAUGAGGGUGACUUUGUUUUCCGGUUUUUGUGCUUGGUUCUUGAGCCAUUUGCCAAGUUUUUUAGGGCCCACCCAGCUCGGAAGAAUGGAUUUCGUGAUUUCAUCGAUAAACUCCUUGAGCCUCUGUUGCAUCUCUUAGGUCUCUUGCAUCUUCAGAUUGAUGUAAGUAAUCCUGGUAGAGCAAGAAACUUACUGAAGCUAGUUGAAGAAGUACUAUCUCAUGGGCUGUAUCACCCAGUCCACAUUGAUGGAUUUUUGAACUUAUGCAGCAGUGAAAGAUAUUCCACCUUCAAUUAUGGGAAGUCAAAAGACUCAAAAACAAUGCUGAAGAGUUAUCACAGACAUUUAUUUGAUAAGCUGGAAAAAAUUUUGGCUGCAAAGAAUCCUUUGGCAGUGGAAAGCAUGGGAGAACUUUUUCGCUUGCUUAUUGAUCAAGUUCAAAAGCUAAAAAGGGCUUCAGUGCCGGCCGAAAAUACAAAAAUGAUGGGGAAGACUGAAGCUUCAAAGCAAAUAGAACAUAAUUUAAUGGGUCAUACUUCAAAGAUGUCUUCUGGGAGUAGUACUGCACUAGUUGAAAAUAAUUACUGCUCAACUAGUUUCAGUGCAGAAACACGAAAGUCACUUCUUGAUUUUUUUGUACUGAUUAUGGAGCCUCUUCUGCUUGAGAUUAAUGGCUAUCUUGAAACUAAGCCGGAAGUGGGACCCAUAUUGUCGGAUGUUCAUUGCACACUUAAAUCUAUUAAUAAUUUACUUUCUGGCUUUAUGCAUGAAAAGGUUUAUGUGAGAACAGAGGACACGUCAGAGGGAGCUUGCCUUAAUUUCUUGAAGAAGGUCUAUAAUAUGAUUAUAUCAUUGUCCUCCAAUUUAAUUCAGUCGUCAAAAUAUGGUGUAGUUAAUGGGACACACAUGGAUAUGUUAACUUUAAUAGCCAAUGAGGUACUUUCUGCUGUAGGGUAUCUUUUGGAAAUUGAAUAUGAGGUUAUAGAGAAUGAUUUGGUAACCUUGUGGCUUCUGAUGCUUUCUUACUUAGCCAUUGGUUUUUCCCUGAUGGAAGUUCCUGAUCGGUGCUCAUUAUCUUUGAAGAUAACAGAUAUUGGAUGCCAAUUAGUUAUUCUCUAUAGUCAACUUCGCCAGGUGAAUAAUACUAUUUUUGCAUUGUGUAAAGCAAUAAGGCUUCUAAAUUCACGUAAUGGUGAUGGUGAACUGAAAUAUACUAGAUUUGUGAUUUCUUUACAUGGUGAAGCUUAUGCAAAAUCAGUGGAAAUGCUAUUAUGUACGCAAGAGUUUAAGAUUGCAAUACAACAAGCUAUUAAGUCCAUACCAGAAGGACAAGCAAGUGGGUGUAUUGGGCAGUUAACAUUGGAUAUAUCAGAAUCUCUAGAGUGGCUGAAAAUUAGUUGUUUGAAAGCUGAUGAAAAAGAAUUUGGCAAAGGGGAUGGACGAAGUAGCUUGCAGAACUUUAAUCUAGAAGCUGAACUUUUGGGGAGAGGGUUGUCUGAAGUGUAUGCACUAGUGCUAGACUCGUUGUUUGUUACACCUGGAAACUGUAACCUCCUUGGAGUUUCUGUAAAGGAUCUUAUAGCAGUAAUUUGUGCUUGCAUGAGUAGUCUGGUAGGACUACAGCCAGAUGCUGUAAAUGAGUUCCUCUUUACUGUCACAGGAAAAGGAUUUGACAAUGAGACAGACGAAAACAAAAAUAAUCUUCAGAUAUUUGGAUUGUCCACUCAUUGGGUGUUUGUGUUCUUCUUUCGAUUGUAUAUGUCCUGCCGAAGCUUAUAUAGGUCAGCAACGAGCCUUAUGGCUCCAGAUUUAUCAAGAAAGAUGUCAGCAGCAAUGGGAGAUUCAUUCACAUCAUACUCUGGUAGCGAUUGGAUUGAUAUGACUGACUGGAUCAAUGGGGAAUAUUUUUCUUGGAUCGUUCAACCUUCAGCUUCUCUUCCUGUUGUUAUUCAAUCCAUUUCAAACAUCUAUUGUAAGGACAGUGCAGCCGAUUCUUCUCCUUUGACUUAUGUGAUGCAUGCUAUGGCUGUUAGACGGCUUGUCGAUUUGAAUAGGCAUAUAAAGUCUUUUGAAUAUUUGAUGCAAAAUAAUGAAAAUCUGGUGCAAGUCAGGUUGCUUGACGAUGCUGACUUGUCAAGGUGUCGUAAAAGAAGCAAAAAGUUGGAAAGGCACAUCUCUGUUUUGAGGGAAGAGGCUUCAGGUCUUGCUGGUUUUAUGAUGGAGCACCUAUCAUUAGUGCCCGAAGAUCAACAGCCAAUGUCCAUUUCUGGUGAUACAACUUGUAAUAAGAUGAUUUCCCGUGAAAGUGAUGAAUGGGAUUUCAGUGUUUGUGCUUUGAACAAGAAGUCAUUGCCAACUUCAAUAUGGUGGAUUCUUUGCCAGAAUAUUGAUACUUGGUGCACUCAUGCCACUAAAAAGAAUUUGAAGAAAUUCCUUUCUCUUUUAAUCCAUACUUCCCUUUCCCGUGUAAGAAGCAGCUUUGGGGUGGUUAGAGAGUACAAUAACCAUGCAGCUGACAGGCUGAAGAAAGUAACCUUGCAUCAAAUCUCAUCACAAUGCUUCAUUGACUCCAUUCUGUAUGAGCAAAGAUUUUUCUGCAGGUAUUUUGCAUCAACGUUUUGCCGUGCAUUGGAGAAAUCUACAUUACCAUUGAUCAGUGACUUUUCAUCUGGCAAUUUUGAUUUCAAAUCAUUACCUGAUUGGCCGAAGGUUUUAAAUUCCCUGGAGAACUCAUCAGUGGUUGUUUCAUGUAAGAAUCACUACAUAUUUGAUUGUUCCUCGGCAGCAAGCCCGGUCACUCAUUCUUCUGAUGAGCUGCGUAAAGGAAGUUUCAAGGAACAAAAAGAUCUACAAUCGACCAUCAUGAAAUUUAUAGCUUGCCAGAGUUUACUUAAUCUUUUGUGUUGUAUGCCAAAAAGUCAUUUCAACUCAAGAGCAUUUUCACUUUAUGUCACUUCUAUUCUCAACCUUGAAAGGCUUGUUGUCGGCGGCUUAUUAGAUUAUCAGAAUGCAUUAUACUCGCAUCACUAUCACGAGCUCUUCAGAUUGUUUGUGUCUUGUCGGAAGGCCUUGAAAUAUAUAAUUCUGGCUUGUGAGGGGAAGACAGCAGAUAGUCAAACCUCACAUACUUUAGUGUUCUUUGAGGAUUCGUUUCCUAUUUUAUGGCUUUACAAGUCAGUGUAUGCGGUUGUUGGGCUUGAAGAGUCAUUGCCAAAAGAUAAUUGCCGUCCAGUUAGUGAUAUGAUCUUGUCCUUGAUGGAUCACACAUUUUAUGUGUUUCUCACAUUAAGUAAAUAUCAGUCUAAUCAUGCUGUUCAUUUCUCUAAAGUUGCUGAACUGAAUGCUGGACUUGUCCAUGAACAUAGUAGUUUAAGUGAAUCUGAUCCGUGCUUGGAUUCUUCCGACUAUAUUGAAGCUUGGAAAAGUGUAACCAUUAUUGCUAAGAGUUUGAAGGAACAGAUGCAAAGCUUACUGGUAAAUUUGAAGGAUGCCCUUUGUAAUGGAAAAGUGGGGAUUGGUGUUGAUGGUUUAAAUUUGAACAAGUUCUCAUCCUUAAUUUCUUGCAUUAGUGGGUUUUUAUGGGGCCUAGCAUGUUUUGUGAACCAUACAGAUUCGAGAAGUAGUGAUCAUAAAGUAAACUCAUCAAGGCAGAAACUUGAACCCAUCUCUGAACUUCACCUCUGUAUAGAUGUUUUUGCAGAAUUCUGUAGUUUGCUCUUACCAAUGUUAGUUUGUGACAGUAGUCAACAGUCCAGAACUUUAUGUGACUCUCAAAAUCUUCAAAAGUCAGACUUCAAUGCAGAUUUGUUGGGUGUGCCUGAAGGCACUGAUGUUGAGACUGAUAUUGCAGUUGUUGAACUGCAUGAUGAAUCUGGUGCUGCAAUGACAGCAUCAUCUGACAUCCAUGCUUACUCUGGGUCUGGUAGUGUUCAUAGAAGAAGGUUGCACUUGGAAGGUGCAAAUUGUGCUGCCAGUGCACUGAAUGACAUUGAUUCAUUUAUAUUGCAGUCUUUGAAUAGGCCUUUGUUGAGACGCCUGCUAAAUGGUGAUUACCCUGAUGCAGCAUUUUUGCUCAGGCAGUUGUUAAUUGCAUCUUCAGCUAUUUUAAGGCUAAGUUUGCAUAUGAAUAGUCCUCCCCUGUCUUCAAGCUUGGUGCAUACUUUUACUGGCAUUACACAAGUCUUGUUAUUGGAAUCAACGGACAUGAAUCAUGUGCCAUGCUUUUUUUAUUUUGUGUGUUUAGAUGGUGUUCUGAAGUAUUUGGAAGAAAUAGCGAAUCAUUUUCCUCUGACUAAUCCUACCUUAUCCAGAAGUUUGUAUGACAAGAUGGUUCAGCUACAGUUAAGGGCUUUAGGAAAAUGCAUAACUUUACAGGGGAAACGAGCCACCCUAGUAUCUCAUGAGACAGAGUCAAGCACCAAAAUGCUCCAUUCUCCUAUGGAAUUUUCUGAAGCAUCUCUGUCUGGCCGGCCAUACUUAUUGGAUGAACUUAAAGCUAGGUUGAGGUCAUCGUUCACGGUGUUUAUAAAGAAACCAUCAGAGUUGCAUCUUUUAUCUGCUGUACAAGCUAUAGAGAGAGCACUAGUUGGUGUGCGGGAUGGGUGCACCAUGAGUUACGACAUACAUACUGGAAGCGUAGAUGGGGGAAAAGUUUCUUCAGUUGUUGCAGCUGGCAUUGAUUGCUUGGAUUUGAUUCUAGAACAUGUUUCGGGACGCAAACGUUUGAAUGUGGUUAAAAGACACAUUCAGAGCUUUAUUUCUAGCUUGUUCAAUGUUAUUCUGAACUUGCAGAGUCCAGUAAUCUUUUAUGAGAGAUUGAUCCAGAAUAAAGGGGAUACUGAUCCAGAUCCAGGAACAAUCAUUCUUAUGUGUGUUGACGUACUGGCAAGAAUUUCCGGCAAGCAUGCUCUGUACCAAAUGGAGGCCUGGCAUGUAGCACAAUCUUUACGUAUACCGUCAGCACUUUUUCAAGACUUCCAUCUUUUAAAACUUUCUGAAGCUCCUGUUCCCGAUGAUUCUUCGACAGUUCCAAAUAACCAAAUCUCUAAUUCAGUAGCAAGUAAACAUUUCUCUGGCGUAGAUAGGCAAUACUCAAUCGACCUAUUUGCUGCUUGCUGCCGGUUAUUGCAUAAUGUUCUGAAGCAUCACAAAACUGAAUGUGAACGGUGCAUUGCCGUACUUCAAGCUUCUGUUGGUGUUCUUCUUCAUUGUUUGGAGACAGUGGAUGCUAAUGCAGUCGUCAGGAAAGGUUUCUUUUCAUGGGAAGUGGAAGAGGGAGUCAAAUGUGCAGGUUGUCUCCGAAGAAUUUAUGAAGAGAUAAGACAUCAAAAAGAUGUCUUUGGUCCGCACUGUUCCCAAUUUUUAUCCAAUUACAUAUGGGUUUAUUCAGGACAUGGGCCCCGUAAAACAGGCAUCAAAAGGGAAAUAGACGAAGCUCUAAGACCAGGUGUAUAUGCUUUAAUAGAUACUUGCUCAGCAGAUGAUCUUCAACGCCUUCAUACCUUAUUUGGAGAGGGUCCUUGCAGAAACACUCUGGCCACCUUGAAACAUGAUUACGAACUAAAUUUCCAAUACCAGGGAAAAGUCUAAGGGAAGCUUAUUCCUAUGUGGGCUGUACUGGCAUCGUCAUUUUGAUGCGACUUAUACAACUCUUCUAACAUGUAAGUUGUAACAAAUAUUACAUGUAAUGCAUGUGAUAAUAAAUUUUGUAGUCAUAUCUUUCCCAUUUUCGAAGCUACAAAUGGUAGCAUCCUCAUGGAAUGGAAGUAACAAAGCUGUCUGUUGGUAAUAGGGACUCGGGUCUAACAGAACAGAUGUGAUGUGAAGCGGGUAAUUUUUGUGUAGCUCUAUUUUGAGUGACUUGAGCCUAACGUAUGUACCUUCCUUGGUUUUGCAUUGUUCCGUGUUAAUUUAUGCAUUCAAAUGUAAAUGGAUUUACAUUACGUAUAAAGUGCAAGUUCAAAUGUUUCUUAUCAAACAGGUUAAUUCUUUU